UGCGACGGCAGCAUCGCCGCCGCCGCUGCUAUCGUCGCUACCGCCACCACCGACGACAACGCCGCCACUCACAACCAUACCAUCACCGCCGGCGACAUCACCACCGGCGUCGCGACCACCACCACUUGGAGAAGCGAGAGAAGAAACGGAACGAGCGAUUGCUGCGAGCUCACCCACGUGGACCAUCGUCGUCAUCCUUGCGUCCACUGGUGCCGCAGGUACGGAGUGUAUUACCUCUGUACCUACGGUCUCUAUUGCGCCCCCGAGGAACCGUUGGACGUCUUCUGCGCUUACGGCCUAGCCGCGGGAGACGAGGUGGCGAACGAGCUCGACCACUCGUUCGUGUCGCACGUCGAGCGGUCCGGGCUCCUCCUCAGUUGACGUUCGUCGUCGUCGUCGUGUUCGUCGUCUGGCUGAUCCGAGCUCAGAUGCGAACCGGUAAAGUCACCUUCGCCGCCGAGGAUCGCCGACGGACGGAGUGACCACCGAGUCGCGGAUCGACCAUCGAGUGCCGUUCGGACGGUGGUGAACGCGUGAUGUCGUCGGCGAUCGAGGAAAAAGAGGGACGAAGAGAGAGAUAGGUAGAAUGGGAAAGAGUCUCUCUCUUGUUCACGCGCUCUU